AUGGAGAAUUUGAAAGAUCAACUAGAAGACGGCUUUCAGCACCUAAAGGAGAUGCUGGAACCGAUGCAGAAAUACGUCACACCAACUUCCGCUUUGGUAGGACUUGGUGCCGGUCUGACAGUCUACUGGCUGAUCAAACGAAACAAAUACAAACUACCGCCGGGACCUACACCUUUACCACUGCUCGGAAACUAUAGUCUAUUGGGAACAAAAGACUUGCAAGAACAUCUAGCAGAGCUGUCAAAGACGUAUGGGCCGGUUAUCACUGUAUACAUGGGCACGAUCCCCAUGGUGAUUGUCAAUACAAUAGAAGCUGCCACGGAAGCCUUGGUCAAGUCGAAGGCAGACUUUGCCAACCGACCAGAGUUUCCAACAGGAGAUAUUCUUUCUGAUGGUGGAAAAGACAUCGCUUUGGCCCAGUAUACUCCUACAUGGAAACUCCACCGUAAGAUCGCUGGUUCCGCCCUCAGGACCUACCUGAAAGGAAAGCGGUUAGAAGAUGCUAUACACGGAUCCUUGGUGCAGGGGAUUAAGAUGUUUGAGGACACGAAGGGAGAACCUUUCGUUCCACACUCACACAUAGACCUUUGUGUAAUGAACAUCAUCUGCGGGCUUUGCUUCCAGAAAGUGUAUAAUUUUGACAACCCUGCAUUCAAGCAUUGGUUGGAUUUACAGAACGAACUGUUAACAACAUUUGGGAACGGUUUCAUAGAAGACCUCUUUCCUAUUUUGGCGAAGAUCUGGCCUAGCAAACGGUUCACAAAAGCAGUAACAAUAGCACAGGAACUUUAUCAGAACCUUGAGAAAGAGUUUAAGGAGCAUCAGAAGUCCUUUGAUGAAGGUAACAUCCGGGACUUCGCUGACGCCUUAAUUCUAGCGCGACUAGAGGCAGAAAACGAGGACGAUACAGAACUUCUGAGUCAACUCACAGAUGUUCAUCUGAAACAGACGCUGGGCGAUAUUUUCUUCGCUGGAUUAGACACCUCACGGCUCACCUUGCAGUGGUUUCUACUGUACAUUGCUGCAAAUACUGAAAUACAGAAAAAAGCACAGAUGGAAAUCGACAAUGCUGUUGGGCGUGACCGACUUCCGGGUCUUGACGAUCGAAAUGCAAUGCCAUACACAGAGGCUACACUGCACGAGACAAUGAGGAUAGCCACAGUGGCCCCUGUGGGUGUACCACAUGCAGCCAGAGUCGAUUCUAAAUUAGGCGGAUAUGAUAUACCAAAAGGAACAACCAUCAUGGUUAACCAGUGGGCUCUACACUACGAUACCCGACACUGGAAAGAUCCCAAAAAAUUUGAUCCGGAAAGAUUUUUGGAUUCAGAUGGGAAUCUGGGACCUAAACCUGUUAGUUGGCUUCCAUUUUCUGCCGGAAGGAGGGUUUGUCUUGGAGAAAGCGUUGCCAAGGCAGAACUUCAUGUAAUCUGCGCAAUCCUUCUCCAUCAGUUUGAUAUCAUGCUACCGCCAGGUGUCGCUCCCGAUUUUACCCCAGAUAUCAGUGGCUUAGGAGGAUAUACUGCGAAUCAAUACAAGAUUGUUGUUAAGAAGAGGUCUUAA